AACGUACUAUUUUAUCGAAUAAACCGUGUGAUAUUGUUUUUGAGUCACGUUAUUACCAAUUCACAAUGAAAAUUAAAAAGAGGUCUAAUGCAGUGAGAGUUCCACCAGUUAAAAAUGUUAUAAAAGUUAAACGUAAAUCAUCAGAUAAAGAAGAGGAAUCAACUGUAUCCAAAGCAAUAAGGAAUGUCAAGAAAGUGUUAGAGAAGAAAGAUGUUAAAGAAAUAGACACUUCACAAACAGUUCCAAUUUCUAAAAGAGGAAAAUUGCAUAAAAUUAGCAAAAAUAAAAGAAGACAUAUAAGACUUAGAAAAAAGUAUCCAAGAGGCAUAGUAUAUUUAGGUCAUAUACCUCAUGGUUUUUAUGAGGAAGAAAUGACAGAUUAUUUCAAACAAUUUGGAAAAAUAACCAGAGUGCGAGUUGUCCGAUCAAAAAAUACUGGUAGAAGUCGUGGUUAUGGAUAUGUGGAGUUCAUGCAUCCUGAGGUUGCUAAAAUAGCUGCAGAAACAAUGAAUAACUAUCUUAUGUGUGGAAGAUUAUUAAAAGCUACGUAUAUUCCACCUGAGAAACAACAUAAUGGUUUCUUCACUGGUGAGUCAUGGUCGAAAGAAAUUUAUCCUAAAAUAAUAAAUAGAAAUAAAGUUACUAAAAUAAGAAAUGGAAAUGUUAAAAAACAAAAGCAUAUAAAUUUUGUACAAAGUACGAGAAAUAAGUUAUCUGCAUUAGAAAAGAAAUUGAAAGAAAAGGGUUUUGAUAUAAAUUUCAUACCAGUAGAUGAUUCUAGAUAAUAUUAAUAAUCUUUUAUUAAACACAAUAAUACAGAUGUACAAUUAAGUAUUAUGGAGAUAUUGAACACAUUUCUUUGAUUAUAUAAUUUCACAUAAUUUACUAUUUACAAUUAACCAUUGUAUAAAAUGCUUGAAAAAAGUGAAGAAAUACUUAUUAAGAAAUGUUAAGUUUUUCUGGUCCAUUUCCUAAACCUGCUUUUGUCCUUUUCCAUUUCAUUCGUCUAUUUUGAAACCAUACCUUUACCUUAAAAAUUAAAUCUGUUUUAUUAAAUUCAGAUAGAUAAUACAUAUUUUUUUUCUAACACUCUAAAAUAAGAAUAAAAUAAAAUAUAAUUUAUAUUUUCUGUAUUUAACAUGAAACAUAAAUGAUGAAUUAUUGUUUAAAUUCUAAACAAUAAAGAGGUAUACCAUCGACAUAUUUAAUUUGUGAGUGUUAGAGAGUUUUAAUGAGAGUGAGAACUUUUGAAAAAAAGUAUUUUCAAAUAGCCUUUGUGCUUGUUUUAAAACUCAUAUUCACAAUUUUGAUCAACUAUUUUAACAUUUUUUAUAACCAAUUAAUUGAAAAAUCUAAAACUUAGUUCACUUGAUGUAUGAAUUAAUAUGUAUUGAAUUUUAUAUAAAUUUGUACAUAAAUUUAUAUUACACCAGUUUGUAAAUUAUUUAUAUUUUUUAAUUUAUUAGUAUAAAUUGCCAGCAGUAAGUAAUAUUUCAAUUUUUUAAACAAGUUAAAUAUUAUACUUGAAUAGAUAAAAUAUCGAAAUGAAUUAAAUAAAUGUUUAUUGUUAUAAUAUUUUACCUGACGUUCUGUUAGAUCCAGCGCAACUGCUAUUUCAUAGCGACGUAAACGUGUAAGAUAAUUACUAUGCGCAAAUUCAUAUUCAAGAUGUCGAAUUUGAUGUUUUGUAAAUGCAGUUCUUUCCUUACGAGGUUUAUCGCUAGUUAAUCUUUUAUUUGACUCUGAAAUAUAAGAGUAAAAUUAGUAAAAAAGUAAAAAAAUAAAAUAUCGUUUUACAUUAUAUGAAAUAUCAAAAUUAUUAUUUGAAUCAAAAUUAUAUAAAAAAAGAAAUUUAUAAAUUUCUAGAAUAUAAUAUUCUUUAUCAAAAUUUAUAUAAGUUUUAAGAUAAAUUGACACCAAAAAUUUUUCUGUUAUAGUUUUGAAAAAAAAUAAUUUUAGAUUUAUAAAUAUUAAAGUAAUGAACUGCAAUUUAAAAAGAUUGAUUUAUCGUAAAGUUGUUUUGCAAAAUUGAUAAAUAAUUUCAUAAAAUUAUAUUUUUCUGGAAUUGAAAAUUUAUAUAAGAUUAAAUAUUUUAUAAUAUUAUCUUAUUCUAUAAACGUAUUUAUUUAUCUACAGUUCUUGUUUAAAUUCUUGUUCCUUUUAUCAUGUUUUCACAUGGUUAGAAUUAAAAUAUUAUUGCAUGAUAUUAGAAUAUUUAUUUAUUAUAGUGUAUAGAAAAUUGUAGAAAAAAUUAUACAGAAAAUUAA